CACACGCUUUUUUGUCAGUCAGGGUGCGUGACAGACAUUAAGCCAGAAGGGAAGGAUAUCUUGCGGGUCUCGCGUCCGCGAUUUGCAUUUGCUUGGUAAAAGUAACUGCAAUUUGAAAUUAUUUUAUUGAUACCUUUCCUUCGCUCCGCGAAUUUCAUGUGUUUACAUUUCGUUAUCAGCUGUUUUGUGAAAUUUGAGUUAUGCGUCGUAAGCAGGCUCGCGGUAAACGGUUGCCUUUGUCAGUAACUUUCGAUGCUGAUAAUUGUGAUUCUGACAAUGACCUCUCUCUCCAUCCAGGAGAAACAGAGGCAGAGGGGUGUGACGAUUUCUUUCCGGAACCCCUUCCGAAUUUAAAUUCGGGCCUAAGCGACUUUGUCGCUUGUGCAAGUGAUAAUGACUCUGCACAGCCGCAGUCACCGAACGUUGUUCGGAACGACAAACAUAGCGGCGUCGGAGGCGAUGCCUCGACUAUUCUUUUGCCCCGUGGGGGUAGGAAACGUCCUGUCGGUACUGAGGCUGCCGCUGACAGCGAGUUUCAACUCAUGACGAAAGGUAUGAGGGCUCUGGAGGAGCAGUUAGCAGACGUUAAGCGUGACCGGGCGAGUUCCGGUACAGGAAACCGAACAACUGUCUCUUUCAGAAGAGGUUUGCAGGUGUCCACUUCCACAGUGGCAAGGUGGAUAAGGGAAGUGAUGAUGGCGGCUGGAAUUAACCGUCAGUUUAAACCUCAUUCGGUUAGAGGAGCUUCCGUGUCGGCAGCAUAUACAGCUGGGACAUCUCUGAGGGAUAUACUGGAAACGGCAAACUGGGCAUCAGCAGAGACCUUCAGAAGGUUCUACCUGAGAGACAUUGAUGACACGGGUUCAUUUUCGACCAGUGUGCUACAGACAGGACAGUGAUAGGAUGCCAGUGAUAUAUAGACUUUGUGAAAUUUUGUGUAAUUUUGAAAUACUAAUGAAUGAUUGAACUUGA